AUGUCCCUGACGUUCGCAAAGAAACUGAUAGAUUUACGUAUCCAAACGACAAUGGAUUUCCCUGAAAUAAAACCAGGUGCAUUUUAUGGGCGUAAAAGGGUUGAAGUUCAGUUUAUUCGCGGUAUUCCAUCUGACAGCGAGGAUUCGGAACUAUCAGAUGACGAGGAUCAAGGUGAGAUAAAAAAUAGGAGACACUGGGCUGCUGGUACUAGGAUACCUCAAAUUGCAGAUGUGAUGCCUAUCAAUAGGUUUGAAGAGCUUAAACGCUUCAUUCAUUUUUCGGAUAAUAAUUCUGCUACUAAAAAUACAGAUAAAAUCGAGCCAGUCCUAAAUCAGAUAAGAACUGCUUGCCAAAAAAUUCCGUUCGAGGAGCACUUAUCUUGCGAUGAACAAAUAAUUCCCUUUAAGGGAAGAAUUUCACUGAGAACUUACAAUCCAAAAAAACCGCACAAGUGGGGCUACAAAAUGUAUAUAUUGUCUGGAGUGUCUGGAUUCACCUCAAACUUUGAGCUUUGUAGUAAUAAAGCAGAUCUGACUUUAGUGCCAGGAGAACCAAAUCUUGGAGCUGCUAGUAACAUUAUUGUACGUUUGUGUAGACCCAUUCCUCGAGACAUGAACCACAAAGUAUACUAUGAUAACUAUUUUUCCAGCUUAUACUUGUUGGCUUAUUUACAAAAGCUAGGAAUACAAAGUGUUGCAACAUUAGAUCAAAUCGCCUAA